AUGGAGUCAGAAGAGGAAGUUGGGGGGAAACCAAUGGCAGCAUUGAGUGCUCAAGUAUGCCAGAUUUGUGCAGAAAAUGUUGGGAAGACUUUUGAUGGCGAACCUUUCAUUGCAUGCGAUUUUUGUGCUUUUCCUGUUUGUAGACUUUGCUAUGAGUAUGAAAGGAAGGACGGGAAACAGUCUUGUCCCCAGUGUAAAACCCGAUACAAGAGGCAUAAAGGAAGUCCUGCGAUAAUUGGAGACAGCGAAGUGGAUGGAGGUGCUGAUGAUGGUGUUAGUGACUUCAAUUAUGAAUUGGAAAAUCAAAACCAAAAGCAGAAGAUUUCAGAUCGCAUGUUGGGGUGGCAAUUGACACUUGGGCGAUCAGAAGAAGUUGGCGUUCCAAAUUAUGAUAAGGAUGUUUCUCACAAUCACAUUCCGCGACUGACAAAUGGACAAGAGGUGUCUGGAGAGUUUUCUGCAGCCUCGCCUGAGAGGCUAUCAAUGUCAUCUCCCGUAGUUGGUGGGGGGAAGCGCGUCCUCAAUAUUCCAUAUUCAUCUGAUGUUAAUCAAUCUCCAAAUAUGAGGGUUGUGGACGCAGGAUUAAGCAAUGUAGCAUGGAAAGAAAGAGUUGAUGGGUGGAAGAUGAAGCCCGAAAAGAAUGUUGCUCCAAUGAGCACAGGCCAAGCAGCUUCUGAAAGAGGGGUUGGAGAUAUUGAUGCCAGAUCUGAUAUAUUUGGCGAUGAAUCAUUGUUGAAUGAUGAAGCUCGACAACCUCUUUCCAGGAAGGUUUCAAUUCCGUCAUCUAGAAUAAAUCCGUAUCGCAUGGUCAUUGUUUUGCGACUUGUUGUUCUUUGCAUUUUCUUGCAUUAUCGAUUAACAAAUCCGGUGCGAAAUGCAUAUGCUUUAUGGUUGGUAUCAGUUAUAUGUGAGAUUUGGUUUGCCGUCUCAUGGAUUUUGGAUCAAUUCCCUAAGUGGCUUCCUGUCAAUCGCGACACAUAUCUCGACAGACUCGCUCUGAGAUAUGACCGGGAAGGAGAACCGUCUCAACUAGCAGCUGUUGACAUUUUUGUCAGCACUGUUGACCCGUUAAAGGAACCUCCACUUGUGACUGCGAAUACCGUACUUUCUAUUCUCGCAGUUGACUAUCCAGUGGAUAAGGUCUCCUGCUACGUCUCUGACGAUGGUGCCGCGAUGUUGACAUUUGAAGCUCUUGCUGAGACGUCUGAGUUUGCAAGAAAAUGGGUUCCUUUCAGCAAGAAAUAUAAUAUUGAACCCCGUGCACCUGAGUGGUACUUUGCGCAGAAGAUUGACUACUUGAAAGAUAAGGUUCAGACAUCGUUUGUCAAGGAUCGUAGAGCAAUGAAGAGAGAGUACGAAGAAUUUAAAAUCCGUAUUAAUGCACUUGUUGCAAAGGCAACGAAAGUUCCGGAAGAAGGGUGGGUAAUGCAAGAUGGAACGCCGUGGCCUGGAAAUAAUGUAAGAGAUCAUCCGGGAAUGAUUCAGGUUUUCUUAGGCCAAAGUGGAGGACUUGAUACUGACGGUAAUGAACUUCCACGUUUAGUCUAUGUUUCUCGUGAAAAGCGUCCAGGUUUCCAACAUCACAAGAAAGCCGGUGCCAUGAAUGCGCUUGUUCGAGUAUCUGCCGUCCUUACGAAUGGACCUUUCUUAUUGAAUCUUGAUUGCGAUCACUAUAUAAACAACAGCAAGGCCAUAAGAGAAGCAAUGUGCUUUAUGAUGGAUCCUAACCUCGGUAAACAUGUUUGCUAUGUCCAGUUUCCACAGAGGUUUGAUGGAAUUGAUAGGAACGAUCGAUAUGCUAAUCGUAAUACUGUUUUCUUUGACAUAAACUUGAGAGGUUUGGAUGGCAUUCAAGGUCCUGUUUAUGUCGGUACUGGAUGCGUCUUUAAUAGGACAGCUUUAUACGGUUACGAACCUCCUCUAAAACUGAAGCAUAAAAAGGCCGGGUUUGUAUCAUCCCUCUGUGGUGGAAAUAGAAAGAAGAGUUCAAAGUCUAGUAAGAAAGGAUCGGACAAGAAAAAGUCUAGCAAGCAUGUCGACUCAACUGUGCCUAUCUUCAGUCUGGAGGAUAUAGAAGAAGGAGUCGAAGGUAGUGGAUUUGAUGAUGAGAAAACACUACUUAUGUCACAAGUGAGCCUUGAGAAAAGAUUUGGUCAGUCGGCUGUUUUUGUUGCGUCUACGCUGAUGGAAAAUGGCGGAGUUCCUCAGUCUGCUACUCCUGAAACUCUUUUAAAGGAAGCUAUUCAUGUCAUCAGCUGUGGUUAUGAGGAUAAAACUGAAUGGGGAACAGAGAUAGGAUGGAUUUACGGUUCGGUCACAGAAGAUAUUCUAACUGGAUUUAAGAUGCAUGCCCGAGGUUCUGUCGAGAUUCUUUUCAGCCGACAUUGUCCCAUCUGGUACGGUUAUGGUGGAAGACUAAAGUGGCUCGAGAGACUUGCCUAUAUAAACACCACAAUCUAUCCAGUCACCGCCAUUCCGCUUCUCUUGUAUUGUACAUUGCCAGCUGUCUGUCUUCUUACUAACAAGUUUAUCAUUCCUCAGAUUAGUAACUUAGCGAGUAUAUGGUUUAUCUCUCUCUUUCUUUCAAUCUUCGCGACGGGAAUCCUCGAGAUGAGAUGGAGCGGUGUUGGAAUAGACGAGUGGUGGAGAAACGAACAGUUUUGGGUUAUCGGUGGCGUAUCAGCGCAUCUUUUUGCCGUAUUCCAAGGUCUACUAAAAGUGCUAGCCGGAAUCGACACAAACUUCACCGUCACCUCCAAAGCAUCAGACGAAGACGGAGACUCUGCGGAACUCUACAUGUUCAAAUGGACGACCCUUCUCAUUCCUCCAACAACACUUCUCAUAAUAAACUUGGUAGGAGUUGUUGCCGGUAUAUCCUACGCUAUUAACAGUGGCUACCAAUCAUGGGGUCCUCUAUUCGGUAAACUUUUCUUUGCGUUUUGGGUUAUAGUUCAUCUUUACCCUUUCCUUAAAGGUCUAAUGGGUCGCCAGAAUCGAACACCGACCAUUGUUGUGGUCUGGUCGAUUCUUUUGGCGUCCAUUUUCUCGCUAUUAUGGGUUCGAGUUGAUCCGUUUACUACAAGAGUGACUGGUCCUAAAGCUGAGGUGUGUGGAAUUAACUGCUAG